GUCGGGGCAUUCUUUCCAGUGAAUUGUGCUGCUUGUCAUUCUUCUUUGGCACACAUUCUCUAUUUGAUUGGUUCAUCAACCGAUCGCCUUCAACGUGUAGAAGAACUGAUGGUCCGUGACUGCUUUCCAGGAUCGUAAGGCGAAGUGCGUCAGGGCGUCAGGGAAGCUUUUGAGUGUUUCUUGGGAUAUCUGCCAUCGCCAGGAGUACUUUGGUUGCCGUCUGGUCUCGUGUGUUAUGAUACUCCCGAACAAUUCUAAGAGGACUUUACGACGUAGCCUGAUCUUAGUGGAGACCCGUGAGGGCACCUGUCCUCCUGAAAAAUAAUUAUUUGAGUAUUUGAAUACUAGUAGGCCACGAGCUUGCAUUGUGGAUACUGGCUGCGCGCAAACACCGUGUAUAACAGUGUUAUUUCUUUGCAAUGGCUGUACAAUGCAGUGAUGUUUGUGCCAGCACACUUCAUGACCGGCCAGACCUGCUGAUGGCGGCAUGCGAGCUGUUGAACAGCGAGUGGGCGCGUGGACUGUCUGCUCGUCAGCACAGUAUAAAGCGAUUCGACGAGCUGCCGUGCAGCUUGCUGCUUCUGGCCGGUGCGGACGGAGGAGAGAAGGUGGUCGGGUUUGCACGACUGUCGCGUGUGCUGGGAGCUGGCGACGGCAUGCUUGUCGAGUCCGUCGUGGUCGACAAGACGCUCCGGGGCCGCGGCCUGGGCCGUGCCGUGAUGGAGGCGGCAGAACGCUUUGCCGCGACGCACGGUUUCACAACAGUGUACCUAUCGACGCACGACAAAAAGGCAUUCUAUGCUCACCUGGGCUAUCGGCAGUGCGGUCCUGUGGCCCUUCAGCCGAUGUCAACACAGAAUAUGUCAGAGUCGCAGAUGGGAUCUCUUACAGCUCUGUUCGGUAUUGCAACACAGCAGCCGAAACCAUCAGAGCAAGUUGCUCCCACUACUGGCACUAGUGCCAGUAGUGAGGCAGGCGAUUCAGCGAUUUUGCCAUCGGGUGGUACCAGCGGCUGUGCAGCUGAUGAUGCGGAGUCGGUACCGGCACCUCACCAUCUGGACCUCCGCGCCACCACCACCGCCACCACCUCCAACGGCCACAUCCGCCAAAGAGCCAGAACUGCCAAUUGUCUGGAUGAAGAAGCAGCUGCCAGUAUCCUGAAACGCUGGCUACCAUUGUGUCGAGGUCAAUGUAAGCAAUACAUUACAUUCAUCAAUGAUGCUGAUACAGGCCAAACCCCGUGA